AUGAAGCGUGAGUACGAAUCCCGGGACAAUUCCCCCACUCCGUUGACGUUCUUGACGUGUGUUUCAGUCGGCCCGGAGAAGCAAUGCGAGCUGACGUGCCGUCCGGCGGGCUAUCGCUUCUACGUUCGGCAGGCCGAGCAGGUGCGAGACGGGACGCCUUGCUUCAAUGCCACCUCCAACGAUGUGUGCGUCCAAGGACAAUGUCUGACGGAGGGCUGCGACGGCGUCCUGGGCUCCGGCUCGGUGCCGGACAAGUGCGGCGUCUGCGGUGGGCGGGACACGGCUUGUCAGAAGGUGACGGGCAGCUUCCAAAAUGUCAGCGUUCCCCUCGGCUACCACAAGAUCUUGGACAUCCCGGCGGGGGCCACCUUUAUUAACAUCACGGAGAGGCGGGCCAGUCCCAACUACCUGGCCAUGAGAAGCGGAACGGGGGCUUCGGUGGUGAACGGCCGCUGGGCCGUGGACCCCCCGGGGGAAUACCAGGCGGGUGGGACCACCUUCACUUACGCCCGACCUCGAGCGCAGGCGGAGGGGGAAGAUGAGCCAGGGGAGUCCCUCAGGGCGCCCGGACCCACCAGCACACAGUUGCAGCUCUAUAUCAUUUUCCACCAGCAGAACCCGGGCAUCGACUACGAGUUUUACAUCCCCGUGGAAAAGACAGAAGGAGAGACGCCCAGUGAGAGGCAGACGCAGGGACGGGCGUCCCUUCGCGGUGCCCACAGCGUGUCCAUCCAAGAACCUGUGCCUGCCGCCGCUCCUCCUCCUCCUCAUUCCAACCCUUCUUUCCCCUCUUCCUCUUCCUCUUCCUCCCUCUUCGCACCCUUGUCGUCGGAGCGCUGGGCCGGCGAUAGAUCCCCGCACCGGGUCUCCGCGCCCAACCGGUACGCUCGCAUCCCGCCUCGCACUGACCUGCCACUGGAUACGCAGCCGCCGUUCGUGUGGAGGAGGGGCUCUUUGACGCCGUGUUCCGCUUCCUGCGGCAAAGGCCAUCAAUAUCGAGAGAUCAUCUGCAUUGAUCGCCACACGGAUGAGGAAGCGCCCGAGAGGAAAUGCGACUCUGCCGCUAAGCCCACACCAGAUGAGGAGCCUUGCAAUAUGCACGCCUGUCCGCCAUUCUGGGAGGCGAGCGCCUGGUCGGAGUGCAGCGUGUCGUGCGGGCCCGGCGCGCAGCAACGCCAGCUGCAGUGCAGGCAAAGUUUCGGCAACCGCUCCACCAUGGUCCACCCCCAGCGCUGCGCCGGACUCGUCCCGCCCGAGUCCACCCAGGCCUGCCAGUUGCAGCUCUGCUCACACUGGGAGGUUGGCUCCGACUGGAGCACGUGCUCGGUGGACUGCGGCGUAGGCAAGAGGACGAGGAGCGUGCGUUGCGUGAGCGACGAAGGCAGCGUGGUGAACGACGUGGAGUGCAGUUCCCGGGCUCGGCCGCUGGGCAGCGAGGAGUGCAACAUGGGCCCGUGCGUCACCAACUGGUACUCGUCCGCUUGGACCUCCACCUGCUCGGCGCGGUGCGGGCCCGGCGUGCAGAAGAGGGAGGUGGUGUGCCUGACUCGCGGAGGGGUUCGAGAGGGCGAGGGAGCCGGCGGCUGCGUCGGGGAGAAGCCGGCCGAGCUGAAAGCUUGCAACGGGGGUCCCUGCGUGACCGUCGCCAGUUGGUACAGCAGCCCGUGGACGCAGUGCAACGUUCCGUGCGGCAACGGAACCCAGCGCCGGGACGUCGUUUGCGUCCAGAAGACGGGCAACGAUUUCACCGUCGCGCCCUCGGCGGAAUGCGCUCACGCCGACAAACCGGCGGCCGUGCGGGAGUGCGAGAUGGGCGAUUGCCGGCCGCGGUGGUUCACCACCGAGUGGAGCGCGUGCUCUCGCUCGUGCGGAAAAGGCCUCCAGAUGAGGGAGGUACGCUGUCUGACGGCGGACAAAAGGCACAGCCAGAACUGUGAUGUCGACGUCAAGCCCGCACAGGAACAAAUCUGCAACACCAUACCAUGCAGCCCGCAAGUCCCAGACGAGAAUUGCAGGGACAGACGGCACAACUGCGUGAUGGUGGUGCAGGCCAGGCUCUGCGUCUACUCCUACUACAAGACGGCGUGCUGCGCUUCGUGCACGCACAGCGCGGCGCUACGUGCCAAGAGACACUGACAGGCCACUUGCAGGCAGGCAGGCAAGCCCCCCCCCCCCCGGUGUGCAAGAAGUUCAAGACUGGGCCCCAGUUGCCCGAUCACAACCCCCACCCUCCACCCCCACCAUGGACAGUCCAAAACUGGAUCAUUCACUUUGUUGGAGGCAUGUUGUCGAAAACCUUUAGUGCUUUGGCUCUCAGUUGCGGCAAAAAAAAAAAAAUCCGGUGAAAGCGGCCGCUUCUCUCGGCACACGCCCCCGUUAAAUGGCCACAUGUUGCCUUUCUUCACUCACCGUGUUAGCCCAAGAGGACAGGCCAGGUAGGGAGUCUUGAUUUCAACUCGUUGAAGGGACGAUGCUAUGAAGUUGUUUUCAAACAGCUACCAAAAAAAAAAAGUCUCCUUAUCUUCACCAGACAUAAAGUCGGACAUCCAAGUCUAAGGGUUUAACUUUUGUAGAUAGUGCACCUCCGAAUUCAUCGAGUGCUGCCUGAUCUCCGCCAAACUGUGCAUUCCUUGGGGUUGCGCCCUGUGGUGUCUAAACGCGGUCUAAAUUUACGCUUGCUCAAACGCUCUGAAUCACUGUUUUAUCUUUUGAAAUCAUCCCACUGGGUGGCACAGUUACGGGGGGGGGGCACACAUUCGAUUGACUCAGCGGCUGGGCUGCAAGUGCCCACUGAAAUUUCAAUCAAAGCCCACUUUGAUUGAAAUCCACUGUUUGCACUCCCACCGCGGCGCAAGCCACCCUCUCCCAGAGAGCCGCCUUCCCGCGCUGGUCUGCAAAAUUUCCAGCGUUGGGUCAAAUCCGCCUUAUGUGCAUAAAUAUGCCGCACGCCCUGCCAGAUUUACGCCGAUCAUGAACAUAGAGUCCCAGAAGGAAAACUAGAAAAUGUGCAUUACGCAAGACAUUGUGGACCGCUUCUCCUUUUUUAUAUUUGUGUAUCCUGCAGCCUAUCAACGGUCAACUCUCUAACGUUUUCUGCCGUAUUCGUUUGCCAAAAAUUUUCCCUUUAAGUGCUCUUUCAGCAUUAAUUGCUAAAAAAAAAAAAAGAUCAACCAAAGGUGCCAUUGAAACACCAAAUAUGCAAAAAGUCCACGUGGUCCCCGAGCAAAGGUGAUGUCACUCGGCUCAGUUAAAAUCAAGCCAAUUGUGGUUGUCAUUAAAAUCGCACAAACAGGCCAAGAAGUCAUUUUGUCCAGUUUCAACAGUUCACACUCAACAGAAGUUUCAUGUCGCAAGUGAUAAAACAUCCUCGUCCCGCCUUGUCUUGACGGUAGAUAUUGAGCACAUUGUGAUGAUCAACUGUAUAUACUGUAUGUGUGCGAGUACCCUCAUUGUUUUAAGCCCCCUUCCCCCUUUUUUUUUUUUUUUUUUACCUCUCACACGGCACAAAAUCAGCACACACGCUCCCACUUGUAAGGUGAGGCAUCUGUAUAUUAUGUAUGUUUUUCAUGUGCAUAAGAUGUGUUGAACAUAGUCGGCGCUUAUAUUUUUAACUGAGUGUAGUUGUUGUCCACGGAAUUGAUUCACAUCUACCUGGCACGUAGCUAACCUCAAGAAAGAGAAUCUCCGUGUCUGUUUUUCUAUUCAUUCGCGUGCUUCAGUCUUCCAAAUUUUGUCUCUCCCGUAGUGACUUUAGAUAUAUGUGAAAAAGGAAAGGAUAGUAAUUUAUCUAUAUCAAAGAACAUGUACCGGUAAUUUAUUUUGUUUUGUUUUGUUGUUUCUCUCUCUAUCAACCACCAGAUUUUAUUACAAACGCACCUUUUAUUCCUGUACACACACCUCAUAGUACACAAAAACAGUGCGACAAAUUUACUAUCCCAAUGCGAAGUGAACUCAAUAAAACUGAAACAACGGAUGAAGAAA